UCGCUUUCCAUCCGCUUGUGUGAUAUCAAUCGAAUAUUCUUUCCAGUCGAUUGGCACCACCAUUUUAAAGAGCGGGACACUUGUAGUGCCAAUUAUACCAGCCGAUUUGAGAGUGCGACGUCAUCGACACUGAGGCAACUACAAAGAAAUGUCGAGAAGAAUUACCGGUGGCGAUUUCACUCGCGAAUUGUACUUUGAUCCUAGGGCCGAUCAAUCAGACACAGGCGGCUAUUGGAUUACAGAUGAAGAGCUUCGCGAAAAUUUGUCACAUUUAAUUGACACGGAAGAAAAGAUUGAAAAUGCCUCCUAUUACAGCAACCCGCUCUCCAAGUGGCAGCUGACAAACGGAAAGUUUUUUCACGCGUUCAUUGUAAUAAAAACGUUGAAUUGGUGGUGGUCGAUCGAGAAAAACAUGGAAGGCAUCACGAUUCAACGCUCCAAGAAACUCGAGAGCGUUUGCGACAUGUAUCAAAGGAAGAAACGGACGACUGGCUGGACUCCGUUGACAAAAAUCACGAAGUAUAAAACAACUGAAGGCGGCAAUACAACAAUCAAAGAUUUCAUCAAUUACAUGUGGAGGAAAGACGUUUUAAACGAAGAUUACCACAUCGUCAGUGCGAAUUGCCAAAAAUUUGCUGCUUUGCUUUUUGACCGAAUCGAAUCACCGCAAAAUCAUCUAGUUUAUUUUGACAAAGCCUCCGAUCAACCGCCAUCCACAGAACGCAAUUGCUACAUGACAGCGGAACAAGUACUCACUGAAGUGCAACGUUUAGGCGUUCCAGAAACUUUGAAAAACUUAGAGUUGUAUCAAUUAAAAAAAUUUCGCGUUCCAUGGUUUGUCUGGGAUCCAUUAUUUUUGCUAGGUUUCAGUUUAGUCGUAAUCGGUUAUUUUAUAGUAAAAUUUUUUUCAAAUAAUUCGUCUAUAAUCUUUCCCUUCUUUCUUUUUUUUUUCGUCAUUCUCAGCUUCCAGAACAAAAAUAUUACACUUUUUGUUAUAUUUACAUUUGACGCAAUAUUUUACGCCAAAACAGAUAUUGACACUGAUAACAUUAUUUAUUUCGUUAUCUUAAUGUUUUCCUACAUUUAUUUAGUAUACAAAUUUUCAGAAAAGAAUGGCUAUCGAUUAUUUUGGCUAGGUUUCAGUUUAGUCGUAAUCAUAGUAAGAUAUGCGUUAAAUAAUUCGUCUUUUAUAAUCUUUUCUUUCUUUCUUCCUGCUUUCGUCAUUCUCGGCUUCCAGAACAAACAAAUUCUAUUUUUUGUUCCAUUUACAUUUGACGCAAUAUUUUACGCCAAAACAGAUAUUGACACUGAUAACAUUAUUUAUUUCGUUAUCUUAAUGUUUUCCUACAUUUAUUUAGAAUACAAAUUUUCAGAAAAGAAUGGCUAUCGAUUAUUUUGGCUAGGUUUCAGUUUAGUCGUAAUCAUAGUAAGAUAUGCGUUAAAUAAUUCGUCUUUUAUAAUCUUUUCUUUCUUUCUUCCUGCUUUCGUCAUUCUCGGCUUCCAGAACAAACAAAUUCCAUUUUUUGUUCCAUUUACAUUUAGCGCAAUAUUUUACGCCAGAAACGAUAUUGACAUUGAUAACAUUAUUUAUUUCGUUAUCUUAAUGGUUCUCUUCUUUUAUCUGACCAUUACGAAUUCAAAAAAGAAUGGCUAUUCUUUUUAUCCAACUUUUAUGUUGGUGAUUUUUGAAACAAAUGAGGGAACUUACUGGUCAUUCGAACAAGUUCUCUCAUUUUCAAAUAAUCAUGACAUUGGAUAUUUAGUUUCCAUCCAUCGAGCAACGAAUAAAGACAUCCUUUUGAAUAAACACCAACAGACACCACGAAACCCCUUGUUCACUAGUGAACAUUUGUUCGAAGAAGCAAAUGCCGAACGGAGAGAUAUGAUCAAAGUAUUGGAAUUUAUCUGGAAGAAAGAUUACCUGGAUUCCCCGAAUGAUCCAGGCAAUUUCACCUUGGCACCUGCAACCGACUUGGCUCAAAUACUGUACAACAAAUUUAAAGGUUAAUCCAUCUCUCCUGUUUAAUCCAAAUGAAAACCACUGAAUAAGUGCACAGAUUUAUCGUGUAUGUGUGUUUGCUAACGAUAUAUCUAUCAGUGCUGUGUGUUACUGCCAUUUUUGUUUUAUUCUUCCAUUGAACCUUAAUAGCAUAAACCUAAGAAAGAAGAAAAUCACGCAUAUACAUCAUUAAUAGUCGUUAAAACAAACAUCUAAUCUGCUUAAUAAACCAAAGUUGAACAUUA